UUUCUGCACUUCGAAAGGCAUCACAUCAAUGAAAGACGGGAAAAAGGAACCUUGAAGAGUAAUUCCUGACUCAACUGGUUGGAAAAGCCAUCACUGAGAUAUCACCAUGUCAGAAUGGAAUGCCACAGAGGACUAUUAUGACGACAGCUAUUAUAAUGACAAUGAAACCUACUCUCCUGACAUCCCCACUGAAUUCAACAAAGUGUUUCUCACCACUCUCUAUAGUUUGGUUUUCAUCCUGGGCUUCAUUGGUAAUGGACUAGUGGUGUGUGUCCUGGUGAAGCACCGCAAUCAGAGCAACUUGACAGACAUCUGUCUCUUCAACCUGGCUCUCUCCGACCUCCUCUUUGUCUUUACGCUGCCUUUCUACACUCACUACGUCAGCGUCGGCCGGUGGAUAUUUGGAGGUUUCAUGUGCCGUUUAAUCUCCGGCUCUCACCAGACUGGCUUCUUCAGCAGCAUCUUCUUCAUGGUCGUCAUGACGCUGGACCGCUACAUGAUCAUCGUGCACGCUCACAGGGUUGCACGUUAUCGCACAAUGAGGGCAGCCAUCAUUCUGACCGUGCUCAUUUGGAUGCUGAGCUUGUUUGUGUCUCUGCCGGAUUUUAUCUUCACAGAGGAAACAGAAGAUUCCCACGGGUUCGAGUGUGACUAUCCUCAGAAUAGCACAGUCUGGGAGCGCUAUGACCUGUUCACCACCAAUGUGCUGGGUCUCGUGAUUCCCCUGUUGGUGAUGGUAGGUUGCUACUCCAGGAUCAUCCCCACUCUGUUGACCAUGAGGACCACAAAGAAGCACCGCAUAGUCAAACUGAUCAUCUGUAUAGUGGUUGUAUUUUUCUUGCUCUGGGUCCCAUACAACAUUUCCCUUUUCUUGAAUUUUCUCCAGGAAAGAGAUAUAAUCCCAAAUAAUUCCAGCUGGUACAAAAAUAUAAGGAUGUCAAUAACAGUCACCGAGUCUUUUGCUUAUACUCACUGCUGCCUGAACCCUAUCAUAUACGCGUUUGUGGGACAGAAGUUUAUGAGAAGAGCCUUGCAGCUGCUGAAAAGGUUGGUGCCUGGUUACAUCAGAGAUUUGUCCGACAGCUCAUUCAGAAGAAGCUCAGUUAUGUCCAGGUCCUCUGAGGUCACCUCCACUUUUAAACUGUAGAAAGUGGAGGGCAGCUGUAAUUAAUUUGGCAUGAAUG